AUGCACAUUAACGACCUGCCUGCUGAACUCUUGACGACUAUUUAUGAGAUGGUGGUCUAUGAUGAGACAGUCUCCUCGUGGGCCGCGCCCACCUGUAUGAAGGAGAGCUACUGGGAUAAGCCAAGGAAGGACUAUGUCCUGAUAGAUCCGAAUGCGGAUCUACAUAUUCGGCAGAGGAGGAAAUACGCCAUGACCAAGAACUUAAUGUUGACAUCGAAACUCUGGUACAGGCUCAGCUACUAUCUCCUCUUCCAAACAAUCUUCAUAUCCGAUGCUGCCGAUAUACCUGCUGUCUGCAUCGCUUUCGAGCGCACGGAGGAGCUCGCGUGGUACGUGCAGAGGAUGCACGUUGUGCGGUGGUACGCCCCGCGCGGGUUAUCCAUGUCGCACCUGGCAGCUAUGUUGGUGUCGGUCAUCCAACAAUGUCCAAAUCUUAUGUCCUUCACCAUUGAAUGGUCGCUCUCCACCGCAUUCCCGGACGUGGCGAGUUCGCUCUCGAUGUUCUCUUCGCACACCCUUCGCGCACUCCGCAUCAGCGUGACGCCCUCAAACCUCUCUCGCUUCAUCUGGGCUCUUGAGUGCUUGCCCCUACUCUUCUCAUGUCAAGUUGACGUUGCGAUGGAGGGCGCUACCGACGAUACACCAGGCCCCGAACCACCAGAGAUCACGCCACGGCUGGGCGCUGCCUCGAGUCUGCCCCUCGAGCUACCACAGCUUCAACAACUUGUUGUUCGCGGACGCUCUCAAGCACUCCUUGAACAUGCAUGUGGAUGGUCUCUCCCGGUCCUGUCGGCAGUGACCAUAGACUUCGGGCUGCACACCACCGACAUGCCUGACAUUAUCUCCUUUCUCGACAGUCACGGCUCAACACUCAGUUUCCUCGACUUGAACACCAUACCCGCAGUCGAGGUGGCAGCAGUCUUGGCUCGCUGCCCUCUGCUCACCUCUUUCGCCUUCAACCCUGAUUGGCAUCUGCCAUUCCAUGAACCCGAGCAGAACGCGCCGUUCGUAUAUGCGCCUCACAAGAACAUCCGGCAUAUCGGCCUGCACCAGCUCUUGCACGCGUUCUUGCCAGGGAGCCCUGAACUUGCCGCGGCUGCAGCACGGACGAACGACGCGACCUUCGCGCAGCUCACACGUACCAACUUCCCCAAUCUCACGCUUGUGCGCCUACUAUCGCGGCCACUGCUUGCUGCGCUUGAACGCAACGAUGGGCCUUCGGACGGAGAUGGCAUGGCGCGAUGGGAGCGCUGGGAUACCUCAUGCCGUGUGCAAGGCGUUCGCCUUGAAGAUUGCACUGGUGCACCCUUCGGCGAUCUACCGGAGGACGAGGACUCAAUCGAGUACUACGAGGUUGACAGCGACGCGGAGGAGAUCGUCGAGGAGCGCGAGGCUGCAAGGAGAAAGGAGAAGCCAGAUGGGCUGCAGCCUUCGAAUGUGCAGGAGCUGAGGGAUCUCAUCGAGCAGAUUCGCAAUUUUGAUAUGAAGGAUCCCUUGGAUGGGGUGUUCACCGCUGCGCUGGCUGGUGGUCCUCCCCCUGCUGCAUUCGCCUUCGCACAGUGA